UACUCAGUAGUAACAACUACUAAACUAGUAUUACUAUUAUAGCAUUAUUAUACUAUUAAUCUCUAGUAUUAUUGUUAAGUUUAGAUUAUAGAUCUAUUUAUACUUUAUUAACUUUAUAGGUCUAGCUAGAUAGCUUAUAGUUUUAGACUUUAGAUCAGAUAUAUAAUUAAUAAUUAAUCGAAUAGUGAAUGGUUGAAUAAAUGAAUACUCACCAGGAUCGAGUCCUGCCUAGAUCUAGACUCUAGUAAUAAUUAGUAUCAUAAUACAUAGAAAAUAUAAUUAAUAUAAACAAAUCUUGAUUGAAGAGUGAUAGGCAAACUAUGGCCUGGGGGCUUAGUCCGGCCUCCAGGAAAUGUUUAAGUUUAACCCCAUCCCAGCUUGCAACAUUUUGUAAUAGUGAUUAGAAAUAACAAAUUUUUACAAAUGUCAUUCACAAUGUAACAGUUUUCAAUACCAGAUGUACCAUUUGGAGUAUAAACUACGAUUCACUGAAAGUUGUUCUAUGAGGACCUUUAUAUCAUCCGUUCCAUAGAUUACAAAGUCUGAGUGAGGUGGUUAAAGCACUGCUCUCGUAAUGGACGCACCAUAUAGCGUCCUGAUGCCAAGCUGAGGUGUGACCAUGACUGCAAAACCAGCAGCAGUAGGAUCAGUUGGAAAAAAGCGCAAGUUGGUCAAUGUCCAUUUGCUGAAUGGUGACCAGCAUGUUGUCUAUGUGGAUGUCAAAUCAAAGUUUCAGGAAGUUUUUAACCAGGUGGCAGUGCACCUUAGUCUGCGAGAAACAGAAUAUUUUGGACUGGCAUUUAAAAGAGACAAUGAGUAUAAUUUUAUAUUAUUGGAUGAAAAAAUUCACAAGUUGGCACCUAAACAGUGGAAGUCAGGCUCAGGAGAAGGGCUAGAUGGUGAUGGUAAAGCUCUCAUAAAUGUAUGGUUUAGAGUCCAGUUCUAUGUUGAUCAAGUCAUUUUGUUACGAGAGAAAGUAACAAGACAUCAGUAUUACUUACAGCUUAAGGACAAUGUGCUUCAAUACAAUCAUCUUUAUAAUGAAGAAAAGUGCUUUCAGCUUGCAGGGUAUGCUCUGCAAGCAGAUUUUGGAAACUAUAUUCAAGAGAAACAUGGAACUGGAUACUUGGACCCUGCUCUUUAUUUUCCUAAAUGGAUGCUGGACAGACAUGGUGCUGAUUACUUAGCUCGUCAUCUGCCCACUGUACACAGAGAUCUGCACAACAUGACUAAAAAUGAUGCAGAGUUGCGCUACAUCAGGAAUGCUUCCUUGCAUCCAGGGGCUCACAAUCUUCAUUUUUAUACUGUUAAGAAACGUAAAAGUGACAAAGCUUUAAAUACCUGGUUGGCUGUUUGUGCUAAAGGUGUUGAGGUUUAUGAAGAUGAUGCUGGAUAUAAAAAUCACAUAUCAACUUUUUUGUGGAGAGACAUUGGCAAAUUGUAUUUUGAUAAAAAGAAGUUUGAAAUUCGCUCCGUGCAGAGUGCUGGUGGUAGGAGAUACAUGUACUACACUGACUGUGACAUCAAGUCAAAAUACCUGCUUAGCAUCUGUAGAGGCACUCACAUGUUUCAAAUGGCCAUACAACCAAAGCUCAUGGAGAUUCAGCAUUUGGAUAAUGAAGAUCAAAAAAGAUAUAGAGAAUCCUACAUAUACAGUGAUUCCAGAGAUAGGAGUCACUUCCAGCACAGCCCCAGCAAGUCCCUGAGUGCAGCUGGCAGCAACCAGAGGUUCUCUCUCAUCAGUGACGCCAGCUCCACCACUACAAGUGGCAUUGUUAGCGAUCGUAUGGCAAUAAGUUUUGAUGAUGGAGAUGAUCACACUAAAGAAAUUAUGAUAGACUGUCCACCUAGGUCUGCAAUGGCCAGCACCCCAAGUCAAAUGAAAUCAAAAUUUCAACUAUUAUCUAGUUUUAAACAAAGCCCUCAAAGCAAUAAAACUAGUCCAAGUCUUCAUGGUCUUGAUAUUGGCACCUCAGAAAAUAUAUCGCCACAAGAGCUGUCACCUACCAGCAGCAAUGGAAGCUGGCGUGCUCGACACUCGCAGACUGCUGCCUACUUCAUGGGGCAUGGUGGACUGUCACUUCCCUCACCAACAACUCCAACUCAUGAUAACAGUCCUUACACUGGUAUAAGAAGAAGUGGUCAGAGGGACAGCUCCAGCAAACUUUUGCCUGGUUCCUUGUUGUCUUCUGUGGAUAGGAACACAUCUGGGGAUAGUGCUGUCUCUGUGUCUGGUAUUCUGAUAGGUUCUGACAAACUGGCUCCCUUGUCCCUUCCUCCAUCAGAACACCGAACACUCCCAACAUCUAGUCACAUUGGUAAACCUGGCAAGGCUGGAAUAAGUAGUAACAUUACCAACUUCUCUCUUGCAACCCGCUCUGCUUUGAACCAUGCUAAAGCCAUCAAUCCAUCAUCACCUGUUUCAGUAAUCUUUACACCUUUGGGUGCCACUAAUGAUGCCCCUGUUCUAGGACUGCAGAACACACCCGUGGGUAAAGAGAAUAUAGAGCUCUUAAAAGCUGGAAGCUCUCCCCGUGAAGUGCCCCAGGCAUUUAAAUUUCCACCAACUUCUGAGUAUGAGCACAAUGAGAAGAUGAUGCUCCUGAACUCACCCAGAGCAAACUUUUCUGAACUCUAUGGGAAUUCCUAUACCAUGCCGAAUAAAGUCCCAGAGCAGAGCUCAAAAUAUAACCAAGAUGCUCUGAAGACAUCAGUGGGGUCCAGAGAUCAGUAUGCAGUUCCAGUACCUCAGAGAAGACCGCAGUCUACAAAACCUGAUUUAUAUUCAAGCAUAGCAACAACUAUGCAGGUCAACCAGACUUUACUGUCUGCUGAUAAAACAAAAGAUUUUAAGUCUGUUGUUGACCCUCAACCUGUUAAAGAAAACAAGCCUCAACUUACGCUGCAAAACGAGCCUGUUAACAAAUCAGUCACUGAACAUUAUCGUCUUGCUCUGCAACAAGGAUCUGUCCAUUUUAUUGAUCAGCAGGCGUCAGUCAGAAGCCACUUUCAGGAAGGCUUCUCCACAAAGGAAACAAGCCUCAGACCAGAAGUCUACCAAAAGCUGCUGUUUUCAGGUAACCAACAACAGAGUCAACAGCAGCAAAUUUUACAACACCAAAGUAUUCAGAGCAAUCUUCAGGAAUGUUAUCCUCAUGGUGCUGGUAACAAAGAAUUCCAGAAAACAUCCAGCCUUAAACAGACUAUAAAUAAACUGGACUUGCAAGAAAAUGAAGAAAAUAAAGAAAACUAUUUCCGGGAGGAUGACAAAAGUACAAAAUGUGAAGAUACUGUGAGUAGUAGCUGUCAGCAGUCAAGCAAUAAGGCAAUGCUUCACCCUGAGUUGAAGCAGAUCUUGGGACAAUCUCAUGCCAUUUCACUUCCCCUUAUCACGGCACUCUGCAAUGACUCUACACUUAUGCAGGCGUCACGAUCCCAGUCAGGUUCUAGAUCUUCCUAUGAUACAUCAACAGUCAGGUCGACUGAUUCGAGGCUUACUCGCCUUUCUCAUGAAACCGAUCCACGUCGCUGGUCAUCUUGUGGUCAGGCUGAUGUGAUGUUAUCAGUUCAGUCAUCACGGCCUUACAGCUGGCACAGUGAACAUUUGGAUUUAGAGACCCAGCUGGCCUUACCGAUAACAGAUCAUUUGACUCCAACAAGUGUACCCAACCCAAGGGCAGUAAAUAACAAACACCUUAAAAUAGCUGAUAAUCAAAAUAACUUGCCUCCAAAAAUGAUUGAGUCUGACCCAGGGCCCUCAUCCCCACGGAUCCAUUCUCACUACUGUGGAACAUUUUGGUGGGAUACUCCUUCCAUGGACAUGAACUCAUCCUCUUGGACUGAGGUCAUCCCCUACAGCUUCUCUGCUCACAGCCUUGCUAGCAGCAGUGCCCAGCACACAGGGCAGCCCCAUCAGCACAUGGUCCCUCACAAGCUCAGCAGCGGCGGCCACAGGAACAGUGAUAGUAGUAUUACACACAAACAGAUGAUGAAAGAGAAUAUUGGCAUUGCAUAAAUGAUGCACUCAAAUCUUCCCCUUGAUAUUAAAAGUUUUUUUUUUUUUUUUUUUUUUUAUGAAUAUAUGCAAUUUUGUCAUCAUUGGUGCUAAACGAGAGAAAAAAAACAACAAACUGCUGUGUUCCUUUUGGCUCUAUGCAGAUGUUAUACACAGAAGGCAUACAAGUCUUCACUGCAACAUUCAGACUGGCAAAUGAUUAAUAUUUAUAUCAAAAUUUAUAGUGCAAAUGUCCAGAAGUGUAAUACUAUUAAUAUUCAGUUUCAGCUUUACUUUAUACUUAAUAUGUGCUCAAUAUUUGAGAAUUAUUUCACCCCAUUGCCAUUUAGUUUCACUCUCUAUUCACUGCAGUCAGGAACUAAUCUUUAGGUUUUUUAUUUUUUGUUGCAUAAUUUUUUUGAUAAAGUUUUUUGCUGUUGUUUAAUUUUUCUGGGUUUUUUUUUGUUGAAUAAUCUAAAUCAAAUUUGUUCUACUCUAUUUAAAUACCAAUUUGUAGCUUUUUUCUUACACAUUAGUUUAAAUGCAAAUAUCAACAUUUACAUCAAACUCAACAAUUUUCCACUUUUUCCUCUGCAUUUCUUAAUAGUAAACAAAUUGACAGCAUCUCUGGCAAUAACUUUAAUUAAUGUUCAAUUCUUAUAUAUUUUAAAAAAUCAUUGUGCACUAGUUGAAGGUUCUAUUAAUGAUAAUGAUGAAUGUUGAUGUAAGGUGAUUGAAUUCAUACAAGAAAACGAAAGUUUAUUUUAUUUAAGUUCUAAGAAAACAUUUUGCUGUUAGCCUGUGUGAAAAAAAUGCUAAAUUAAAAUAUUUUUCUACAAUUCAAUUUGUUGAAACAAUGGGCAUUUUCCCUCCUUUAGCUGCCUAAGAAAUAUUGUUGUUCUUCAGUUACCUUCUCUUAAGUUGAGAUGACUGUAGAAUAGAGAGGUAAUCGCUAAGAGAGUUUUUUUUCUCUUGUUAAGGAUAAAACUAUUUGUCUCGAUACCAAAUUAUGUAAUAAUGAUCUGUUUAUUUUUUUGUUGCUAUUAUCAUUUUUUUUUUAGUUGCAGUCUUACCUGCUUAAAUUAGUUCUUUUUUUUUUUUUUUUUAUUCACGUUUUUUUUUAUAACAGCAUGAAUUCGAAAAUGUUUUGUUCACUCUUUCUUUCAAAUUAACUUAAGGGCCAGUAAGUCUAAAGGAUAUUCGUGGCUGGAUCUCCGACAUAUAUAGCUAAAGUAAAGUUCUCUGUUAUUGUAAAGACUAUCAAAUUAUGAAGUGCUUGAGGAAAAUAUUAUUUAACAUUUAUAUUACUAUUUAAUGUUAAUCUAAUAUUUUAAUAUUUAAUGCUAUCUUCAAUUUGACAAGAACACCACCACACAUUAUUGAUGUAUUUGUUAAUUUUCUUUGGAUUUGAUCAAUUUGUUGUUCAUACUCUGUGACAUUUUGUGAUAUUUACUCAUACAAAAAUGUUGUGUUCUGUUUCCUAAUCUCAAAAACAAGACUGCUUUUUACUGUUAGAUUCUUUGCAUCUAUCUAUUUAUCUAUCUAUCUCUAUGUAUUUUUAAUAACCAUUCACAACAAAAGCUUUACUUUUUUAAAUUUACACAUUUGUAUUUUUGAUAAAAUCUCAUAGUUUUAUAAAUUAAGUUUUGUUUUUAGGAUGUGCCUAUUCAUAUGUUUCAAUUUAAGAAUACAUUUUGAUGACAUUUUGUUAAUUAUUAUUACUAUAGCUCUAAAAUUUAACCAUAACCUUUUCUUUAAAUGUUCAUUUAUUUAAAUAUUUACAAAUAGAUUCAGGCCCUUUAAAGUGAAGUUCACUUCCGUAAAAUUUAAUCAUCUUUAUUAGCACAAAUAUAUACAGAUAUAUAUAGAUAUUCAAUAUGUAUUUACAAAAGUUUUUUUAAGCAAAAAUAUCAUGGCAUACAAACAUUUUCCAAGUUGGAUCCUAAAAUUUCAUAGAAUGUUUUAUUUGUGAAAUCAGUGCUUUACUGUAAAGUAUGUAUGUACUAAGUUAGAGACUUCUCCAAGUAUGUGUUUGUCUCGAUGCAAUUAGAUCUACCUUUCAUUAUUUUGGUGUUUCUUUCCCAUUAAUGAAUCAUAGUAUUUCUAGUGUCAGAAAAAGCUAAUGAAAAAGCCAGUAAUUAAUAUUUCAUAAGCAUAAUAUGUCUGUAUUAUACUUAUGUGUAUAUAAUGUAAUAGUCUACAAGUAGACCUUUAUAUAUAUGUAUACAUUUAUUUAUUUAUUUAUUGAUCUAUACAUAAAAUUUAAAAAAUCACAGUUGACCAUUGAAGUUGGUUUGUUAUGCCAUAGUCUUAACAGUUUAGAUGUACAUAAUGGCUGUAAAGUAUUCUAAGAAUUAUAUAUAAACCUGAGUGCAUUACUGGAAUUAAGGUUUUUGUUUGUGUGUGUGUGUGUUUUUUCUUUGUACAUAAAUGUAACUUCAAAUUAAAAAAAAACCCAAGCCAAAAAAAAAAUCAUUUCUAAGUUCAAAGGUUGAUGUAUAAAGAGAGCUGUAUGAUUAUUAUAAACAUUCAACUAAUCCAUUAUCACAUAAUCAAGAUGCCAUAUAGACACGUUUUUAAAAAAAAAUUGUUUUUUUCAUUGCCAGUAACAGAAUGUCAUGCAUUUUGUACAUAUUUCACAGAGAUUUGUAUUUAUAUGCCCCUCCCCCCCCCCAAACCUUUUUUUGUUUAACAAGCUGGUGCACUCCAUUUAUCAAAUGUUUCUUAACACUUCGUUAAUGUUUGUAUUUUUGGUAAUGAGUUGCUUUGUUAAUCAAUUAUCAUUAGUUAGAAUAACUGUUAGUAUGAAUUAUGUGGUGAUUUUUUUUUUUUUUUACUUUAAAUUGAGAUCAGUUUAUCAAUGUCUUGCAAGUAAAAUGAGAAACUGCCUUAAACUUACAAGUCUUACAUGAGAACUGUUGAACUAACAAAGUUAGCUUGGAAGGUAGGAUGGCCAACAAGAGAAAACAUUGGUUGACAAAGCUGAUGGUUACACGAAGUUAAACAAAAAUUGCUUCGUUAGUGUCUGUAGUUUUUGAUGAAGUUGAAAUGUGAAAUACCAAAUGACAUCAUUCAUUCAACUGUCACCUAAUGACAUCAUUCAACUGUCCAAGUUUCCAAUUCCAAUAUUUGAAAAACACAAAAAAAAAAAACAACUUUUUUUUACAAUUGUUAUUCAGUGCAGAUAUUCAAAAGGAGCUAAAACAAAAUUUGUCUUCUCUCCCAAGCAGCCAACAUAACCUUCCAGACUAUUUUAAUUUAUAUACAUACAUGCAGUGUUACAUUCAUCUCAUUAAUAGUGUUAACUUCCAGACUAUUUUCUGAGUUGUGUGUGUGUGUGUGAUCCAAAUUACAAAUUGUUAAUUUUUUAUAGUGCAGUUAGGAAUAAAACAAAUUUUUUACUAAUUCUUUGCAUUCUAAAAAACAACAACAACAACAAAGGUUAGAUAUCACAUGAAAUCAUUAAGACAUACAUUUAGCAUGAUUUCAGAAAGUUGUAAAGAUUCUUCACAAUUAGGAUAAAAUGCUAAAGUAUUUUUUUUUUCAAUUCAGAAUCUCUAUCACAAAUGUGUUAGGGUUAAUGCCACACUAAAGCUGUGUAGGCCACACCAUAGACUGAAAUAAUUAGCUCUACUGUUAUAUAUUUCAAACUAUAGCGGCAAUUAGAUUAAUGUAUUGCAGUAUUGUAAAUUAUUAUUUGCAUUUAGUUCCAAACAAAGUAACAUCAGGUCUAACAAUCUUACAAAAAUGUGUAUCAUUAAUGGAACAUGAAUAUUUUAUUUGAAGAAUCAAAACUAGUAAAAUAUAAUUUUAUUAUUAUUUUGUUAUCAAUUUACAUUGAAACUGAUUGAGUAAUAAGUGACUUUUGCUCCUCAGGUUUGUUGUUCAUUAUAUGAAUUUUUUUGUUCACAUGCAUAUUGUAUUUUUAAAAUUAAUGCAACAGAUGGAUUACAAUAUAAUUUGUUUAUUUUAAAAUUCAAGCGCCUUUUCUGUUUGUUCCAAUAGAAUAUAGACACUUAAAUACAACAAAGCUUUAAUGAUGUUAUUGAAGCAUGUUGAAUUUGUAAAUCAAAAAGCCGAGUGAUGAAAUGUAUAUAUAUAUAGAUUCUAUUUGAAGAUGUUUUGCAUUCAAACAGAGGCAAUACAAAGAAAUGCAAAUGUUGCAGUGGGUAAAGGUUUGGCUGACUGAAUGUUGGUAACAUUUCUGCCUCAGAGUCAUCUACUCUUUAAGAACUAUUCAUGCUGUAGCCUGGUGCAAUAUAUUGAUGCAUUAUAUUAAUAAAUAUAAAGUGUAUGCACAUUCA